AUGCGUUGUGUGAGCUGGUUGCUGCUGGGGACCUGCCUCCUGGUCCUGGGCCCCGCGGUGCAGGGAGCCCCGGGCCAGUGCCCCAGCCUGUGCCACUGCCACGGUGACCUUCAGCACGUCAUCUGUGACGACGUCGGGCUGAAGAAGAUCCCUCGGGUGUCUGAGGUCACCCGUUUGUUGAACCUGCAGAGGAACAACCUGGGCAGCAUACCCACAGGAGCCUUCAGUGAAAGCAAGGGACUCAUCUCGCUGCACAUGCAGCACUGCCAGAUCCGAGAGAUCGGAUCCCACGCCUUCAAGGGGCUGAAGAAGCUCAUCUACCUCUACCUGUCCAACAACGAGAUCAACAGCAUCAAGCCCGGCGCCUUCGAGGACCUGACCGAGCUCACCUACCUCUACCUAGAUGGAAACCAGAUCAGCGACCUGGCAAAGGGCAUCUUCUCCCCCAUGAUCAACCUCUUUAUUCUGCAGCUCAAUGACAACAAGCUCCGCGAGCUGCGGCAGGGGACAUUUACAGGUGCCAAAGACUUGCGCUGGCUGCACAUGAGUGGGAACGAGCUGACGACCCUGCAGCCGGGCUCUCUGGAUGAUGUGGAGAACCUCGCAAUACUUCACCUGGACAGCAACAAGAUGUCCACCUAUCCCAGUGCGGCAAUGAGCAAACUGCGUGUGGUGGAGGAACUCACGCUGGGGAAGAACCCCAUGAGGACCAUCCCAGACAACGCCUUCCAGAGCUUUGGGCGCUACAUGGAGCAUCUAUCCCUGGACAACAUGGGUCUGGAGAAGUUCUCUGAUAGUGCUUUUACUGGUGUGACGGCAGUCAAGUCACUGCACCUGGACAACAACAAGCUAAAGUACCUUCCCAAAAGCUUGGAGUUUGGCACCAUCACCAACCUCACCCUCUCCAACAACCCAUGGAGCUGCACAUGUCAGCUAGCUCCACUGCGCAGGUGGAUGGACUCUAGCCGUACUCGUCUAGACGCAGUGUGUGCUUAUCCACCUCAGCAGAAAGGCAAGCAAAUCAGAGACAGCACCGCCUUCAACGGCUGCAGAGUCAAGCCGAAGAGAGCCAGAAAGGGCACACGUGUUUGA